GGCCACCACAAUGGGAGAGGAGCUGAUGAACUCCACCGACAGUUACUACCCAACYGACGACUACCCUGAGCCGCUGGAGGACCCCGGAGCCUUGCUGUGCUCCCUGCAGGAGGUCCGGCAGUUCUCCAGGGUCUUCGUGCCAGUUGCUUACUCCUUGAUCUGCGUCUUUGGCCUGCUGGGCAAUACUCUGGUGGUGCUCACCUUUGCCUUUUAUAAGAAGGCCAAAUCCAUGACGGACGUCUAUCUCCUGAACAUGGCCAUCGCAGACAUUCUCUUUGUCCUCACUCUUCCUUUCUGGGCCGUCACUCAUGCUACCGACACGUGGAUGUUCAGUAACGCCGUGUGCAAACUGAUGAAAGGCAUCUACGCGGUCAACUUUAACUGCGGGAUGCUGCUCCUGGCCUGCAUCAGCCUGGACCGGUACAUCGCCAUCGUCCAGGCGACCAAGUCCUUCCGGCUCCGCUCCAGGACGCUGGCGCACAGUAAAAUCAUCUGCUUGGCUGUGUGGGUGGUGUCACUCAUCAUCUCCAGCUCGACCUUCACCUUCAAUCAGAAGUACAGCGUGCAGGGCAGGGACGUCUGUGAGCCCAGGUACCAGGCCGUCUCAGAGCCGCUCACGUGGAAGCUGCUGGUGCUGGGGCUCCAGCUGCUGUUCGGCUUCUUGGUCCCCCUGGUGUUCAUGGUGCCCUGCUACCUGCUCAUCGCCCGGACCUUGGUCCAGGCUCAGAACUCGAAGCGGCACAGGGCCAUCCGCGUCAUCAUCGCCGUGGUCCUGGUCUUCCUGGCUUGCCAGGUCCCCCAUAACAUGGUACUCCUUGUGACCGCUGCCCAGAUGGGCAGGGCAGGCCGGACUUGCCAUGGCCAGAAGGUCAUGGGCUAUGCUAACAACGUCACGGAGGUGCUGGCCUUCCUGCACUGCUGCCUCAACCCGGUGCUGUACGCGUUUGUGGGCCAGAAGUUCAGGAACUACUUCCUGAAGAUCAUGAAGGACAUGUGGUGUGUGAGGAGGCCGAAGGCUGCAGGCUCCUCCUGCGCCCGGAUGUACUCCGAGACCUUCGCUUCCCGGCAGACCAGCGAGACCGCCGACGACAACGGGUCCUCCUUCACCAUGUGA